AUGUCUCUAUUCAACGUCUCUCGUCUGCUCGGAAAGACUGUCCUCAUUACGGGGGCAAGCUCCGGGAUAGGUGCCGCAACGGCACUCCUUUUCGCCAAGGCUGGAUCCAAUGUCAUAUUGGUGGCCCGACGGGCGGAUGCACUGAAGUCCGUCGCCGAUGCAUGUGUCGCUGCCCACAAAGAAUCCGGAGUCACUCAGGGGGGAAAGUUUGCGACUAUCCAGGCCGACGUCGCAGAUAAAGAGCAAGUCGCGUCGAUCCUCGAUAAAAUUCCCAGCGACCUAAGGGCUGUAGAUGUCCUAGUGAACAAUGCUGGGCAAGUAUUCGUCAAAGGUAUUGAACACAUCGGUGACAUUGCUGAUAUCGACGUAGAGGGGAUGUUCGCGACCAACGUCCUCGGCCUCAUUCGCCUCACCCAAAUCUUUGUCAAAGAGUUCAAGGCAAGGAAUUCUGGCCAUGUGAUCAAUCUUGGUUCCGUAGCUGGUCGCGAGGCAUACGCAGGUGGUGGAAUAUACUGUGCCACGAAAUUUGCUGUUAGCGCGUUCAAUGGCUCGUUGCUCAAGGAAUUGGUCAACACGCCAAUCAGAGUGACAGAAAUCCAGCCUGGUAUGGUUGAGACCGAAUUCUCUAUUGUCAGGUUCCGAGGUGAUACAGACCGCGCGAAGACAGUGUAUGAUGGCAUGCAACCUUUGGUAGCGAGCGAUAUCGCUGAGGAAAUCCUUUGGGUUGCCUCACGACCACCCCAUGUCAACAUUGCAGAAAUGCUCAUCUUCCCAGUCAAUCAGGCGGGAGCAGGAGUGGUUUACAGGGCACCAAAGUAA